GGUACGGAACGCUGCCGGACACGGACACGGCGGCGCCCAUGGAGGUGGCCGGGUACCGGCGCAGGCCGUGGCGGGUGCUGCUGUGCCGCGUGUGCUCCGUGCUCAGCGCCGGGCUGCUCCCGCUGCUCUUCCGCUGGAGGCCGAGCCUGGAGGUGCAGGCCAAGGGCGACGCCUGCGCCCCACGCCGCGCCGACUGGGUCAUCGUGCGGGACCGCUUCGGGCAGAGCUUCACCGCCGAGGUGCUGACGGAGCCGCUGGGCGAGGCCGGGCUGGAGCAGCACCCCGGGGCGCAGCAGCGCCGUGCCGGUGGCACCGAUGGCACCGAUGGCACCGAUGGCAGCGCCGGCAGCGCGUCGGUGGCGGUGCCGGACGAGCAGGAGAGCCGCGACACCGUCCGGCUGCACGACGAGGACGAGAAGAACGCCCUGAGGUAUUACGUGUUCCAGGGAAUGCGCUACGUGUGGCUGGAGCGGCGGCAGGCCUUCUGCAGAGUCAGCGUCCUGGACGAGGGCUGGACGUGCGCGGAGCUGCACCUGUGCCGGGCCGGGCUGGAGCAGCAGGAGCGCAGCGCCAGGAGGAAGAUCUACGGCCCCAACCUCAUCCAGGUGCCCGUCAAGUCCUACGCCAGGCUCCUGGUGGAGGAGGUGCUGAACCCCUUCUACAUCUUCCAAGUGCUCAGCAUGGCGCUGUGGGUGUGCGACGCCUACUACUACUACGCCGCCUGCAUCUUCCUCAUCUCCAGCUUCUCGCUGGGGCUGUCGCUGCACGAGACACGCAAGCAAAGCACCACGCUGCGGAACAUGGCCGCCAUGUCCCUGCGCGUCCGGGUCCGGCAGCCCGGCGGAGAGGAGCUGGUGGUCAGCUCGGCCGAGCUCGUUCCCGGGGAUUGCAUCCGCGUUCCGGCGGCCGGGGCGCUGCUGCCCUGCGACGCGGCGCUGCUGAGCGGCGAGUGCCUGGUGAACGAGAGCCUGCUCACCGGCGAGAGUGUGCCGGUGAUGAAGACGCCGCUGCCGGCGGGCGGGCAGGCGGCCGGCGCCGCGUACUGCCCCGAGGAGCACCGGCGGCACACGCUCUUCUGCGGGACACAGGUCAUCCAGGCCAGGGCCUACGCGGGCGGGGACGUGCUGGCCGUGGUCACCCGCACAGGGUUCUGCACGGCCAAGGGCGACCUCAUCAGCUCCAUCCUCCACCCCAAACCCGUCAGCUUCAAGUUCUACAAGGACGCCGUGAAGUUCGUGCUGUUCCUCGCCGUCCUGGCUCUCAUCGGCACCUUGUACAGCAUCCUCAUCUUGGUCAGGAACCAGGUUCCCGUGGCACAGAUCAUCAUCCGCGCCCUGGACCUGGUCACCGUCAUCGUUCCUCCGGCGCUGCCGGCCGCCGUCACCGUGGGCACCAUCUACGCCCAGAACCGCCUGAAAAAACAGGGAAUCUUCUGCAUCAGCCCGCCCCGGAUCAACCUGUGCGGGAAGAUCCGCCUGGUGUGCUUCGACAAGACCGGGACGCUGACCCAGGAGGGCCUGGACGUGUGGGGCGUGGUGCCCCUGGAGCGGCGCCGCUUCCAGCCGCUGGUGCGCGACCCGCGCCGCCUGCCCCGCGGAGCGCUGCUGCACGCCCUGGCCUCCUGCCACGCCCUGUCGCCGCUGCGGGGACAGCUGCUCGGGGACCCCGUGGACGUCAAGAUGCUGGAAUCCACGGGCUGGCGGCUGGAGGUGAUGGAGGAGGAGGAGGAGGAGGAGGAGGAGGAGGAGGAAGGGCGGCUCCCGGCGUUCCAGCAGUUCCAGAUGAAGGUCUUGGCCGUGGUGAGGCCUCCGCCGGAGGAGGAGCAGCCUCAGGAUGGGAGGCCCCCGGCCGCCCUGGGCAUCCUGCGGCGUUUCCCGUUCUCCUCCUCGCUCCAGAGGAUGAGCGUCCUGGUCCAGCUGUCCGGAGAGGCCUCGGCCCACGCCUACGUCAAGGGCGCCCCGGAGAUGGUGGCCAGUCUGUGCAGGGCGGAAACUGUGCCCCCGGAUUUCUCCCAGGUGCUCCGGCACUACACCGCCGACGGGUUCCGGGUGCUGGCCCUGGCCUGCAAAGCCCUGGGCGCGGUGGCCACCUUGGAGGAGGCCCUGCAGCUCCCCAGGGACUCGGUGGAGAGCGGCCUGAGCUUCCUGGGGUUCCUGGUCAUGAGGAACGUCCUGAAGCCGGAGUCUGCCCCGGUGAUCCAGCUGCUGAGGAGCGCCGACAUCCGCCCCGUCAUGGUGACAGGGGACAACAUGCUGACGGCCAUGAACGUGGCGCGCGGGUGCCGCAUGGUGCAGCCCCAGGAAGGCGUCAUCUUCGCCACGGCCUCGCCGCCCGGCCGCGGCAAACCCGCCAGCCUCCGGUUCGUGCCGGCCGAGCGUUCCCAGGGCGAGGAGCAGCCCGAGGACGUGGACGGCUCCUCGCUCCCGGCCCGGCGCUGCCACCUGGCCCUCAACGGGAAAUCCUUCCAGGUGGUGUGCGAGCACUUCCCCGAGCUCCUGCCCAGGAUCCUGCUCCGUGCCACCGUGUUCGCCCGGAUGCUGCCGGAGCAGAAGACGCAGCUGGUGUGCCGCCUGCAGGAGCUCAACUACUGCGUGGGGAUGCGCGGGGACGGCGCCAACGACUGCGGGGCGCUGCGCGCGGCCGACGUCGGCAUCUCGCUGUCCGAGGCCGAGGCGUCGGUGGCCUCGCCCUUCACGUCCCGCGUGGCCACCAUCGAGUGCGUGCCCCGGGUCAUCCGCGAGGGCCGGUUCCUGGUCACCUCCUUCGGGGUCUUCAAGUACAUGGCGCUGUACAGCCUGGUCCAGUUCGUGUCGUGCUCCCUGCUCUACACCAUCAACACCAACCUGAGCGAUUUCCAGUCUGUCUUCGACCUGGUCAUCACCACCACGGUGGCCGUGCGAUGGGGCCGCGGGGGGCCGGCGCCGGCGCUGGGCGCGCGGCGGCCGCAGGGAGCCCUGAUCAGCGGGCUAGUGCGGGCAGCCUCCCUGCUGCAGACAGCCGUCAUCGCCGUGCAGGUCCCCAGCUACUUAUCACCGUUCUCGCAGAGCUGGUACGUCCCCCUGAACAGCACGGUGACGGCGCCCCAGAACCUGCCCAACUACGAGAACACCGUCCUGUUCUGCGUCACCGGCUUCCAGUACCUGAUCCUGGCCGUGGCCAUGUCCAAGGGCCAGCCCUUCCGGGAGCCGCUCUACACCAACGUGCCCUUCCUGCUCGUCCUCAUCCUGCUCUUCGGCCUGAUGAUCUGGCUGACCCUCUGCCCUCUGGGCUUCCCCAAAUCCCUGCUGAAGCUCCAGCGCAUCGAGGAUUUCCGUUUCAAGCUGCUCCUCCUGGGCAUCGCCGCCCUCAACUUCUUCGCCGCCUUCGUGCUGGAGACCGCCCUGGAUCACGGCUUGCUGGGCUGCUUCCGAAGGCUGCGCCGGAAAAAAGCCUCCAAGAAGCUUUUCAAGAGGCUGGAGAAGGAGCUGAGCCAGCAGCAGCCGGCCUGGCCGCCCCUGGACCAGCCCCUGUUCGCCACGCCCAGGAUGUCGCUGGCCAUGAGAUAGCAGCGCCAGCUGCCCCUCUGCCCCAGCCCUCGGACACUUCCUUAAUUUAUUUAUCCCGGGAAAGGCCGGGAUGCAGCGCCGGGAUCCCUGGGCAUGGCAGAUGGGAAUGCCGUGGUCAGGGGGAUCCCACAGCCAUGAUAAUCCCAGAGCCUCACUGAUCCCAUGGCCACCGUGAUCCCAUGGUCACACUGAUCCCAUGGCCACACUGAUCCCAUGGCCACACUGAUCCCACGGUCAGGGUGAUCCCAUGGUCACACUGAUCCCAUGUCACACUGAUCCCAUGUCACAUUGAUUCCAUGUCACACUGAUCCAGUGUCACCCUGAUCCCAUGGUCACACUGAUCCCAUGGUCACACAUGGUCACACUGAUCCCAUGAUCACACUGAUCCGAUGGUCACACAUAGUCACACUGAUCCCAUGAUCACACUGAUCCGAUGGUCACACUGAUCCCAUGGUCACACAUGGCCAUGCUGAUCCAUGUCACACUGAUCCCAUGUCACACUGAUCCCAUGUCACACUGAUCCCAUGUCACAUUGAUUCCAUGUCACACUGAUCCCAUGUCACACUGAUCCCAUGGUCACACAUGGCCAUGCUGAUCCCAUGUCACACUGAUCCCAUGUCACAUUGAUUCCAUGUCACACUGAUCCCAUGUCACAUUGAUUCCAUGUCACCCUGAUCCCAUGUCACCCUGAUCCCAUGGUCAUACAUGGCCAUGCUGAUCCCAUGUCACACUGAUCCCAUGUCACACUGAUCCCAUGUCACCACCCAUCCCGUGUCACACCCAUCCCGUGGCCACACCGAUCCCGUGUCACGCCGAUCCCGUGUCACGCCGAUCCCGUGCCACGCCGAUCCCGUGCCACGCGAUCCGUGUCACGCCGAUCCCGUGGCCGAGCAGGCCCGGAGGGGCAGGUGGCGGAGGAAGAACGGGCGAGAAGAUCCAGAGGAGGAGGAGGAGGAGGAGGAUCCAGCCGGGCUCUUCCCGCAGGAUUCCCGGUGCUCCCCGCUGGCCGCCGGGGCCGGCUUGGGCCUCUGGUGUCCGGCCCGUGCCGCAGGAGGGCGGUGCUGUCCCCGC